AUUAAAAUGYUCAAGUCUAGUUUGGACUACUGACUCUCCUGAGACCCAAAACAUGAUAUCGACUCAUAUGUAUUGGAAACGCCUUAUGCGAGUUGUUUAAAGACAGUAUAAAAUGUCRCAGAAGAAAUUUAGGCUUACCAAUCAUAUAGCCAGAUCAUCUUCAAGAGGACUCUUCAAAGUGAGAGACAAUGGCCUUCCAGCACAGGAGCUAUGGCAACUCUCUCAGUAUCUACAGGAUGCUAUCUAUAGAGAACAGAUGUUGGAAAAUAGAUUAACAGCUCUUCAAAGACUUAUUCAUAGCUCUCAAAAUAUUCUUGAUGACAAUUGUCAGAAAUUUGCACAAGAGGAUAAACUUCUUUCAAGAUUAGAGACGUUAGAAAACCAAAUAGAAGCUCUUACUAGAAAUUUGAGUGAAGAUGAUAUCAAAAGAAAGCUACUAACACUCCAAGAAGACAGGCAUAACUAUGAGAUGAGAUCAAAGGAAUCUUUGAAGAGAAUGUUACAAGAAAAAUUGGAAGCUGUACAGAAGCUGUCAGAGGUAGAGAGAUCUUGCAGUACAGCAGAAGAUGAGUGUCUUCAUUACAAAAGUCUAUAUGAAAAGUCCCWACAGGAGAUGAAAGAAUUAACUGAAAGACAUGCACAAAGACUGGAAGAAAUGAGAUCAUUGCAAGAACAAGUAGAAGAAGCAGAAAGAAGACAUGCUGCUGUAGAUGAACAGGCUAAUGAAGAAAGAAGGGAAUUUCAAAGCAACUUGGAAGAAGCUAGGAAAAAAGAAGCAGCCUUUGCUGCUAGGACUGAAUCUUUACAAGCUGAAUGUGAUUUUGCUAAAGAACAGCUAAUUGCUAUGAAAGUGCAACUGGAUAAGCGUAGAGAAGGAGUUCUGAAGUCAAGUGAAUAUCAAUCAGACAAUCCUAAGAAAGCCCAAGAUUCUGAAGACCUGAAUGAUAAACCMAUAGAAUGUGUUGAGAACCUAGGUUCACAACUUGGACAAGAGCCUSAGUUAUUUGAAGAAACAGUAGUCUUUGCCAACGAAGUCCCUGAACAAAGCAGUAGUGAUGAUCUAAAAAUACUGCAGGCAAAGCUGAAUAAACUCGAGAAUGAACUUGCAYUAAAGAAGCAACAUUUAGAAAGCUUUAAAGGACAACUCACAGAGACACAAGCUCUCUUUAAAGACAGCAAAGAGCAAGUCAAAAAAUUCUUCAAAUAAAAACAGAGAUAUGUCAAGACUACAGAUUCUUAUAGAUAAAAUUCUAAAAGUUAAUGGUCUAGUCAAAGAAAGAAGGAAAAGACUGCUUGAGUGGACAGAAUCAGACGAAACUAAAUUAUCUGGUGUAAAUGAUGUUUUGUUGGCAAAUUCUGAUUUACCAGAAGAUGAACGAGAGUCCAACCCUUUAAAGUUAGGUCUUGUUAGCAUGCAAAACAUACAAGAUAAUUUUUCUGAGAUUGAAAAGUUAGUCGAAGCUGAACAUGAACAAGGAAAACAAUUAAGAGAAGAGCUCAAAAAUGCUCAGGCUUACACUAAAGACUUCAAGCAGCAGAUUUUAGACUUACGAGAUAAAUUAUUAGAGGAACAAGAACUAACUAGGAAAAAGGAUGAAUAUUUAGCUUCUCUUAGACGUGAAAUCAAUGAACUUUCAAGAGAGAGAGACUUAAUGCAAGUAGAAAAGAACUGUGAGCAACAAGCAGUUGAAGCUGCUAAGAAUGCCGCCAGAGAGAUGCAAAAACAAGCUGCUAAAAGUGCAGAGUCAGCAGGAAAAAAUAAAGUUGAGCUUAGCGCAAUGUCAGAAGACAAUCUUUCAUUAAAACAAAAAAUUCAAACCUUGGAAAGUGAGCUAAAAAAAUAUCGCCGAGAGAAUAACAGGUUAUCUGCYGAUUAUGCAAAGCUACAAGGAUCACACAGGGAUCUUGAACUGCAAAGUAGAGCCCAGCAUGAAAAACAGAUAAAGCAACAGCACGCACUGCACAAUAAGAUGGAGCUUGAAGCACAGGAAAAACAGGAGUCCAUGAAACAGGAAUCAACUGUGGGAGAAAAACUGCAAUCCACAGAAGAAACAAAACUACAAGAGGCAGAAUGGCGUAAGAAUAUAAAGGARGAACAAGACAAAGUCAGUAAGAUGCAAUCAUACCUUCUCUCUCUUAUUGCUGUCAUAUUUGCCAUGAUCCUGGUCUACGCUCUAGACUUCAUCUCUGUGUCAAGAGGACGUCGUUUGGGAGGCAGUUAACAAUCAAGGCAUCACUAUACAAAAAAACCUUMUUUGCACAACUGGAAAGAUGUCAAAAGAUUUCUGUGUACAGCCCCUGCUUGGUUCCUGAUGUAGAACCUGUGUGAACCAUGCCCUUGUCAUCAAAAAUUGGACUACUUGGGGCAAGAGAGGCAGUGAUUCUAUACCUAUGAUUGUUUGAAUGUGUGAUAGUUAUUUCAGUUCAAAAAAAAUGCCCUAACUCAGACAUUUUUGAGAAUGAUUUACCAUACCUGUUAGUUCUCUGUCUUGUGCAAAACAUGCCYAUGUGUUGUGCUUUACAGGUUGUUGAAAGUUCUACCGAUUAAUGAUGUUGGGUCAAGAGAACUCAAGUUAAUCUUAUGCACCAUUUCAUACACCAUGGACUUUGGCUUUCUACCUAUGACCUAAUUAUCAUACAGAAUGCUGUUUUAUAUUAUCAAAUCAAAUGUAUAAUAUAGCUAGUAAUGAACCUUUCUUAAAAUUACCUUGGAUGUUAGGCUAACGGCAAAAUACCAAAGAAAUCAAACCUUUUUUUAAGGGAAUUUGGAAUUUUUUCAAUGGAAUUUCUUAAUGUGUUAGCCUCGCAUUGAAGAUAAUAAAUUAAUUUUUAGGGGGUCUAUUAGUCUAUUGGUCAAUUAGUCCCCUAUUAGUGUCGUCAUGAGGCGCUCACUCCCUUACACAAUAGGGGCGGUGUAUUAGACUAUUGUGUCUUAAAUACAAUGCCAGAGAUUAAUCUAUUCUACUGUUUUCUGCCCAUAUUUCAACUGGCUACUAUGUUGUCUAGUGUAUAUAUGAACAAAAUAACUAAUUACAGCAUUAUCAAACACGUUUUUGGCUCAACAUAUGCCAUAACAAAUUGAUUAUAUCGGUUAUUUUCUAUUUGAUAUUUGGAGUUUUUGUAUAUGAUUAUUUUCUAUGUGUUCAUUCUCUUUUGUUGAUUUCAAAUUAUGGAGUUUGCUAGGAAAGGUGACAAAUGAUUUAAUAAAGUAUCACUGCAAAAGA